UCAUGUAAUGUCAUAACUUUUUAUGGCUUUUUAUGUAUUAAUAAUUUUGGUAGCUGUAUUUCUUCUUUAGGUUGUAUUUCCGUGAUGACUGUUGUUGUGUUAAGAAAAUUAUUAUUAUAAAAAAAAUAUUUAUUUAGUAUUCAGGAUAAUAAAAAUAGUUAAGAGCAGGUAUGAAGCUGUUUUACCUAAUUUUCCUGGCUAUACUGUCCCAGGAUAUAUCAGCCAAACCAAGCUACAAAAAUUACAAGGUUUACAAAAUUACUCCGAAAAGUAAAGAUGCCCUAAAGAUUCUCAAGGAUUUGAAAAAGGAGGAAAAGGAUUUCUCUGCUUUCCAAUUUUGGAAAAAGCCAAUUAAAGUAGGUCACGAUGUAGCCCUUAUGAUAGGACCUGAAAUCCAACAGAACUUCGAACAAAUGUUGAAUGACUCAUAUUUUGAUAGAAGAGUUCUGAUGAAAGAUGUUCAAAAAGCCAUCGACAAUGAAAAUAGGUUCUGGAAGAGCAACGUUAAGAAUUCGGUUAAUUGGACGGUAUAUAAUACCUUAGAUGAGAUCAAUAACUGGUUGGAAAGUCUUGCAACUGAAUUUCCCUCUUACAUCACUAUUUUAAAACCAGGAAAAACAUACGAAGGAAGAGAUAUUGUCGGAGUUAAACUCGAUUUUAAUCCGGGAACACAAAAAAAAGUUGUUUUUAUGGAAUCUAACAUACAUGCAAGAGAGUGGAUUAGUUCUGCUGUAAACACCUAUAUUUUGGAUCAAUUUCUGAGAAACACACAGACGGAUAUAAGGGCAUUAGCUCAGAAAUUUACUUGGUAUUUCUUUCCAGUAAUGAACCCUGACGGCUUUGUUUUUUCCCAUACUGAUGACCGUCUCUGGCGUAAAACACGUACUAGUUAUGGAUUACAUUACGGCGCUGAUCCUAACCGUAACUGGGACUAUAAGUGGAUGACCAACAACGGAGCAUCCCUCUAUCCUGGAGAAAUUAACUACGCCGGCCCACAUCCCUUUUCUGAAAAGUCUGUCAAAGUGAUGAGUGAGUUUAUCGCCAGCAUCACCAGCAAUAUGAUCGCCUAUAUUGCCUUCCACUCGUUUUCCCAAGUAUUGCUACUGCCUUAUGGCCAUACAAAAGAGCCGCUGGACAAUUAUAAUGAGAUGAUGGGUAUUGCAAAAGUGGCAAUGGCAAAACUGGAGGCUGUGCAUAACACUAAAUAUACUUUUGGAAAUGUUGGUGAAGAAAUGUAUAUUGCUACUGGCACUAGUAUGGACUGGGUAAAAGGAAAUUUCCACAUUCCAAUUGUAUGUACCUACGAAUUGAGACCUCAAUUUGAGAAACCCGGCGAAUCCGGUUUCAUAUUACCUUCGGAGCAAAUCUUGCCAACUGGAGAAGAAACUCUUGUUUCGCUAAUACCUAUAUUUGAAGAAUAUGAGAAGUUACACCCUAGUACCUAAGCUUUAGAGAUUUAAAUAAUAUACGUUUAAAGUAUUUAAGUUUAUGCAUUUUUUACCUAAAAAAAAUUACAGUCUUUACAAGCAAUAAAUCUUCCACAUAAAUA